AUGAAGGAAAAUGGGCAGGCAUCGCGUUCCCGUGAAGGGGAAGGCGAACGCGUAGAAGAAAAUGCUGGGGGGUCCAGAGGAAGUCUCUGGGUCCUGAACUUGACUUACGCGAUCGCGCUUAUGGAGAUGCGAAUACGAUUUGCUAUUCGAGGAAUGUCAGCUGAAGUAGCUAUUGCCCUUCGAGCUUCUUUUGGUACUCCUCUUUCUUUAGAGAGAGCACAAGCUACGCUGUCAAAGAGGAAAGUUGUUGAAGAGGAUUCCGAGGACGAUGAAGAUGAAGACACCUCUUUGGCAGUUAGACCUAGAGUCAGGAGACGUAUCAUUUCUGAAGAUGAAGCUGAAAUUUCUCCUACCCGUGCCUCCUCUCCGGUUAAUAUUGUUUCCGAUGAUGAAACCAUCCCCAGGGACACCAUUGAAUCCACUCAACGUUUCUUCACUGAGGGUUUCGAAAGUGGUAAACUAGGUCCGGUUUUAGAUGAGGUUCCUCUUUCCUCUUCCAUUCCUAUUCCUUCUUUAGUUUCAAGUACAUCUUUGCCCAUUUUAUCUGUUCCUGCUUCUUUGUCAAUUUCUGCUCCUUUACCUGCUUCGACUCCCUCGACUCCUGUUAUUUUUACCUCUUCUACCGUUCCUCCUUCUAUAGCUCCCCCUUCCUCUGUUCAGCAUGCAGAGGAGGGUUCUAGUAGCAGAAGUUUAGCUAUGAGGAGUGUAACACUUGAGGCCAACCUUAUUGGCACGGAGUUGAUGGGAAGAAUUUCCCUUUUAGAAAAGAAGGCUCGUGAAUCUGAUAAGACUAUUCUCGAGGCUGAGAGGGUAGCUAAGGAAGCCCAGCUGGAGCAAAAGCGGACUCUGACUUCGGAUUUAGCGAAGGCCAAGGCUUCUUCUAGUAAAGCCGAGAAGGACAAGGAGCGCCUCGAGUGUUCCUUUUCAGAGCAAUUAUCAAAGUCAAGUGAAGAAAUCAGAGAACUUAAAGCACUCUUGAACAAGAAAGAAGAAUAUGCAGGAGAGUUAGUACAAAACUUGACUCAAGCUCAAGCUGAUUUGAAGAUCUCCUCUGAUAAGGUUCAUGCAUUGGAGAAUGAAGCUCCCGUGACUGAAGAACCUUUAAAUGAAGAAGCUGCUGCUGUGACAAUUGAAGUUGAAAAUGUUGCUAUUCCAGCUCCCGAGGGUGAAACUUCUAUGAAUCGGUUUGAGGAAGCUGACGCUUCCGUGGCUCUUGCUCCCCUCGAAGAAUCUACCAUUUCAAUUCCAGCUGAAACCGCUUCUGUUGCUGUUUCUUCAGAAGUUACCGUCCCUGAAAGUGAAGCUGAUAUCACAACUUCUGAUGCUCCAGCCCCUCAGUGA